AGUACUCGGUGGGUUUUAGUCAGGCUGCACUUGGCGACAUGGCACAACCACGUUUGUUUUGUUUGGUACUCAUCGCUCUGGCACUUGGCGCACAGGGGCUCACCCCCUCUCAUCAUUUGACUGCUGCGGAUGUUGCCAGAUUGGAAGCCUACCUCAGCCAGCCAUUCACGGAUCUCGAAUCGGCCUACUACUCCAUCGUUGGCCUGAGCAAGUUGGGCGCCACCGUCUCUGAUGCGGAUGCAGCAUGCCAGUUCCUGAAGUCCCAGUUGGAUCCCACCAGCAUCGAUUCGCUGUUCUUCGCUUCUGAGGCCAGUCAGGCAAUUUCAGGAUGUGAGAUCCCUGUGUCCAAUGAGACCCGCGAUAUCCUGCUGGCUGCAGUCAGUGAGGACUCCACAGUAACGCAGAUCCAUCGUUCAGUGAGCGCGCUCAGUUCUCUUGGACUGCCAUUGGCCUCGCAGGAAGUGGUCAGUGCCCUUGUUGCACGCAUUGCCAAAGAGGACAAUGUCUUGGCCAUCAUUAUGGCACUGCAGACAGCCUCCCGCCUCUCCCAGCAGGCAGAGCUUGGUGGAAUCCUGGAAGAGAUCGAGGACUUGGCUGCACGGUUGGAUGACCUAGGUGGGGUCUACCUGCAGUUUGAGGAAGGGCUUGAGGUCACUGCUCUUUUUGUAACUGCAGCCUACGCACUGUCUGACCAUGUGGAUAUGGAGCCUCCUCUUAAAGAGGACCAGGUGAUUCAGCUGGUAAACUCUGUCUUCAGCAAGAAGUCCUGGGACUCUUUGUCAGAGGCCUUCAGUGUUGCCAGUGCAGCUGCUGCCCUCUCCAAAAACCACUUCCACGUGCCGGUCAUCGUUAGCACUCAGGGCCCUGCCACGGUGUCCCACAGCCAGCCACUCCUGCAGCUCCAGGUAACUGACGUCAUGUCCCAGCCUCUCAGCUCUGCCAGUGUCCAGGUGGAGACUGCCCAGUCCGUGACCUCUGAGAGCGUCAUCCUGAGCCAGACGCCCUUUACCCUGAGAGAUGGCCUUUUUGAACUGAACUUCAUGGCCAGCCAGCCAGCCAGUGGCUACUACAAGUUUUCUGUGGCUGUGACUGGAGCUACCCGUUUGGUGGCCAACCAUGUUGAGCUUAAAGUGAAGGUCUCCACUGAGGUUGCAAUCACUAACAUGGACCUGUCUGUUGUGGACAAAGACCAGAGCAUCAGGACCAAAACAACCAGGGUGGAUUAUCCCUCCAAGGCCAAGAGCUCCUUCACUGCUGACAGCCACCUGAACUUUGCCAUGUCCUUCCAGCUGGUGGACGUCAAUACAGGAGUGGAACUCACCCCCCAUCAAACAUUUGUGAGGCUGCACAAUCAGAAGACUGGUCAGGAGGUCGUGUUUGUGGCUGAGCCUGACAGCAAGAAGGUGUACAAGUUCGAGCUGGACACAGCUGAGAGGAAGUCAGAGUUUGACUCCAUUUCCGGCACCUACGCCCUCUAUCUCAUUGUGGGAGAUGCCACCCUGGAGAACCCCAUCCUCUGGAAUGUGGCGGAUGUUGUACUGAAGUUCCUUGAUGAAGAGGCCUCCUCUGUUAUUCAGCCCAAAACCCUCUAUGUUCCCAAACCGGAGAUCAUGCAUUUGUUCCGAGAGCCAGAAAAGAAGCCACCCACUGUAGUGUCCAACACUUUCACAGCGUUGAUCCUCUCCCCUCUGCUGCUGCUGCUUAUCCUGUGGAUCAAGCUGGGUGCAAACAUCUCCAACUUCAGCUUCUCUCCCAGUUCCAUCCUCUUCCACCUGGGUCAUGCAGCCAUGCUGGGCCUGAUGUAUGUGUACUGGACUCACCUCAACAUGUUCCAGACCCUCAAGUACUUAGCCAUCAUCGGCAGCCUCACCUUCCUAGCCGGAAACCGCAUGCUGGCACAGAAAGCAGUGAAGAGGAUUGCUGCAGAGCAGAGUAGUAGGUUGGCAAAGUAUAGGAGCCUGCGGUAGAGAGGCCUUUUCUAGUAACAAAACACAGGCCAAAACUUGCAAGUAAAUGAUAACAGAAAAGAGAGAAAUCUGAAGAUCCUUCGUCAUUCUUGAUUUUCCACCUUUUAUUUUAAGGGAAGGAGGCAAAAAAAGUGAAGCUCUCAAGGGUUAGGAUGGGAGAAAGUCUCCUGCCAAACACUCUAGUUGUAUUGGAUUACAUCCAUUGAUCUUUGUCUU